GGGGGUGGAAGCGAGCGCGUUGGUGAAGGAUUUUCGACGUCGAUGGGCAACAACUGCGUGGGACCAAACAUCGGUGGAAAUGGCUUUCUCCAAUCCGUCACGGCGGCGGUGUGGAAAACGCGCCCGCCGGAGCCCAGGCUUCCACCGCCAAACGCCGAUAACAAAACCGCAUCUCCGGCGCCGGAGAAUGGCAAAGGUUCAGAUGCACGCGCCGAUCCUUCCUUGGCGGUUCAGAACACCCCGCCCGAACAGGUUAAAAUAACAACCACGGAAACUAAACCGGUUCAGGCGGAGAAACCGGCUAAGCCAGUGGCUAAUGACCAGGAACCGACACCUGGCAGUGGUGAUGCAGGGAAAGCUAAGAAACCCACUCAUGUGAAAAGAGUUUCAAGCAUGGGACUUCAAGUAGAUUCUGUGUUGGGUAGAAAAACAGAGAACAUGAAGGAGUUUUAUAGCUUAGGGAGGAAGCUAGGGCAAGGGCAAUUUGGGACAACGUUUCUUUGUGUGCAGAAAGGGAGUAACAAGGAGUUUGCAUGCAAAUCCAUUGCUAAGAGGAAAUUGACAACACAAGAGGAUGUUGAGGAUAUUAGGAGAGAGAUUAGGAUCAUGCAUCACAUGGCUGGUCACCCGAAUGUGAUACAAAUUGUGGGUGCUUUUGAGGAUGCUGUUGCAGUGCAUCUUGUUAUGGAGUUAUGUGCUGGGGGUGAGCUUUUUGAUAGGAUUAUACAAAGGGGUCAUUACACUGAGAGAAAAGCUGCUGAACUUGCAAGAUUGAUAGUUAGUGUUGUUGAGGCUUGCCAUUCUUUAGGUGUCAUGCAUAGGGACUUGAAGCCUGAGAAUUUUCUCUUCGUUAAUCAUGAGGAGGAAUCAGCCAUUAAGACAAUAGAUUUUGGACUCUCCGUGUUCUUUAGACCAGGUGAAACAUUUACUGAUGUGGUUGGGAGCCCAUAUUAUGUGGCUCCUGAAGUUUUACGGAAGCAAUAUGGACCAGAAUGUGAUGUUUGGAGUGCUGGGGUGAUCAUUUAUAUUUUACUUAGUGGAGUUCCCCCAUUUUGGGAUGAGACGGAACAGGGAAUAUUUGAGCAAGUUUUGAAAGGAGAACUUGACUUUGUUUCUGAACCUUGGCCUAGCAUAUCUGAAGGUGCAAAGGAUCUUGUUCGAAGAAUGCUUGUAAGGGACCCUAAGAAGCGAUUGACAGCACAUGAAGUUCUUUGCCACCCAUGGGUUCAGGUUGGCGGUGUUGCUCCUGACAAACCACUUGAUUCUGCUGUCCUGUCUCGUUUGAAGCAAUUCUCUGCAAUGAAUAAGCUCAAAAAAAUAGCCAUUCGAGUAAUUGCUGAAAGUUUGUCUGAGGAGGAAAUUGCAGGACUGAAAGAAAUGUUCAGAAUGAUAGACACAGAUAAUAGUGGACAUAUUACUCUUGAGGAACUGAAAAAUGGUUUGGAAAGAGUUGGUUCUGUUCUUAAGGAUUCUGAAAUUGAUUGGUUAAUGCAAGCAGCAGACGUUGAUAACAGUGGUACCAUAGACUAUGGUGAAUUUAUAGCAGCUAUGAUCCAUCUAAACAAGGUCCAGAAGGAGGAUCAUCUAUAUGCAGCAUUCUCCUACUUUGACAAAGAUGGGAGUGGAUACAUUACACGGGAUGAGCUCCAACAAGCCUGUGAACAGUUUGGCCUAAAAGAUAAUCAACUAGAUGACAUAAUAAGUGAUAUUGAUAAAGAUAAUGAUGGGCGCAUUGAUUACAGUGAGUUUGCUGCGAUGAUGCAAGACACUGGUUUUGGCAAAAAGGGGCUUUCAAUAGCAUGAGUUGAAUUAUGGAUGUCUUCAAGCAUUAAUGAAUUCUUGAUUUACCCAAAUGAGGAC